GCCUUGGCUCAGUCCCCUGCUGCUCUUUAGAGACAAAGGAAGCUCUCCAUCAGCACUCAGUCUCUUCACGAGUCCAGCACAAGACGCCCCAAGAUGCCGGACACAAUGUGUCAUGUCCAAGGAGCCCUCUUCCAACCUGGAGAGCGCCAUGCAGAUGCUCAUCAAAACCUUCCACAAGUACUCGGGGAAGGAAGGCGACAAGUACACGCUGAGCCGGGGCGAGCUCAAGGAGCUGCUAAUAGAGGAGCUGGGGAGUUACCUCGGGAACUCCAAAGACAACGAAGCGGUAGAAAAAGUGAUGAACGACCUGGACGCCAACAACGACGGGGAGGUGGACUUCACGGAGUUCAUCAUUCUGAUGGGGGCCCUCACGGUCGCCUGCAACGACUUCUUCCUGGAAUACAAAACAGACGACAAGGGGAAAGAAGGCGAGUCGGCACAGAAGUAGGAUCGGAUCUGAGCAAGAGAACGAGCGGAGGAGAGGGAGGGGGAUGAACUCUAAAUCUGAUGGCUUCUAUUUUUUCCCACUUUGACACAAUUUCUAAAUAAGCAAAGAUGUCAAACGACUGGUUUUCUUCUGCAACUGUUAUUCAGAGCGCUGCUCAUCCGGAUCGAGCUCCACCGAGCCACUCAACACAGCUCAACUCCAAAUUCUGUUAUUUUUCUAGGACAAUGGCUUGAAGAA